CCCACUUUGCUUGAUUUAUGAUGAUAUUGUUCGGCUUAGUAAAUCUUUUCAUGUGUUUAGCUUGUCUCAUGUACAUAGAGCAGGUACUACGGUGGCCCAUCUCGUAGCUAGGUGGGAUUUUCGUAAUUGUGCUGAAUUAGUUUGUAUGAGCAACUUUCCGCAAUGCAUUAUAACCUUAGCGGACCUUGUGAUUUAAUAUAAUCCUCCUAAUGUUUUCCCUAAAAAAAAAUAAAAAAAAAGUACAUAUUCAUGUAGGGAGUACUGGUUUCUAACAACUCCCCAAAUAAACCCAGAAUCCCUCGUCAUUUUGAGAGUUUUCCCACUCCGGUUGCUUAUUCUCUCUCAUCUGUUCUCCAACCGCUACGAUAAGCUUCAAUUUGGUGAAACUCAGCAAUGUUUAAGAAUACUUUCCAAUCGGGAUUUCUAUCCAUUUUAUACAGCCUUGGGAGCAAGCCUUUGCAAAUAUGGGAUAAAGAAGUUUCUAAUGGCCAUAUCAAGCGUCCGAAGGAUGAUGAUAUUCAGUCAAAUGUCCUUGAGAUCGUGGGAUCAAACAUACAGUCGACAUAUAUUACAUGUCCUGUAGAUCCAGCUGCAACACUUGGUAUAAAAUUGCCAUUCUUAGUUAUCAUUGUGAAGAAUUUAAAGAAAUACUUCACCUUCGAGAUUCAAAUCCUUGAUGAUAAGAACGUGAGGCGUCGGUUUCGUGCUUCAAAUUAUCAAUCACUGACUCGAGUGAAGCCUUACAUAUGCACCAUGCCUCUGAAGUUGGAUGAAGGAUGGAAUCAAAUCCAGUUAAAUCUUGCUGAUUUUACCAAACGAGCAUAUGGAACCAACUAUGUAGAGACACUGCGGGUUCAAGUCCAUGCAAACUGUCGCCUGAGGCGGAUUUAUUUCUCGGACCGCCUUUAUUCAGAAGAAGAACUUCCUCCAGAGUUCAAGCUGUAUCUCCCCAUGCAGAAAUCAUAAAUGGGUGAGGAGCUGAAGCGCUAUGCCUUUGACCGGCCUGGAUGUUGAUAGAUUUACAAAAUUUAGUCUCCUACCCCAUGUAAAAGCCGUAAUAGUUGUUUAAUCCUUGUUUAGCUGGGUAGACUUUGCAGAAAAUUACCAUCAUAAGUAGACUUUGUUCUUACUAUGUUUGAUUAUAUGAUAUACUUCUGUCCUCCAAAUUUUUACUGUAUCAUCUCAUAUUCUGUAUGAUUAAAACGCCUUACUUUUAAUUACAUUUACCUUUUUGUCAAC